GCGCACGCGCUCCCCCCCCCCCCCGGAGGCGUCUUCGGUGUGCGGAGCGCGCGCGCGAGCGGGGCUCGCAGGCGCACCUGUGAGGUGUCCCCCGAGGAGUGGGCCGGUGGGCGCGGAGUCCGCGGCCUAGACGCGCUGCUCCGCCGCACUUGAGACACCGCACGGUCCCGGCCGAGGUCGUCCAGCGUCCCGCCGAGGUGAUGAGGACCUCCCCUCGGCCCCAGCAAGCCUGGCUACUGCCGCCGGUCGCCUCCAUUGUCUGACCACCGCCUGGGCCCGGCUCUCCGCAGGCAUCUGAAGUGCAGCACCUCCAGGACAGAGUGAAGACAUUUCGUCUUUAUGCCUCUGAAAACCCACGGUCCAGACCUGCAAGUCCAAGAGACAUCGUCCCGCUGGAAGAUAAGAGAACUGUCUCUUCAGGAUCGAAAAAAGAAAACCAGCGUGCUACUCUAUAGAGUUCCCGGGAGCAAGACUGGCUGUGCCUGGAGCCAAGGAACCUUCAUGCUGUCAAGGCCUGCCGUCUGAUGGGCAGAAGGCAGAGCGACGUUCUGACUCAACUGAAGGUGCUGCCAGGGCUCCCCACCAACUGGCACCUUCUGCCCUGGGGAAACAGAUCACACUCCACAGGCUUUGUUUUAUGAGUGAAAAGUAGAAGAGUACUGAACAUCAGAAAGACUCCGGGGGUUUGAAACAAAGGCUUACUCCUUCCUGCCCCUGGAAUGUUGACUGCAAGGGAUCUAAAGGAAAGAAAGCUCUGUGCUGUGAGCUGUGGGAUUCAUAUGAAAGUCAGUGUGACUUUGUAAUCAGUAAGAGCUCUGAGUGAGGAACACUAUGCAGGAAGAAGCCUUCCACAGAAAGACAGGCAGGGAGAAGCUGAGGUUGAUGGUAAGCUUGCCCAAUAGAGCAAGCCUGAGAUAGAUUGCCAAGAUGGCAAAAUAAUAGGCUUUAUGAAGUAGCAGUCCUGAAACUCAUAGUUGUAAGGACACUUUCUUCUCUAAGUCACGAUACCAAAUAGGAAAAAUGAUCUACAAGUGCCCCAUGUGCAGGGAAUUUUUCUCUGAGAGAGCAGAUCUUUUUAUGCAUCAGAAAAUCCACACAGCAGAGAAACCCCAUAAAUGUGACAAGUGUGAUAAGGGUUUCUUUCACAUAUCAGAACUUCGUAUUCAUUGGCGAGACCACACAGGAGAGAAGGUCUACAAAUGUGAUGACUGUGGUAAAGAUUUUAGCACAACAACAAAACUUAAUAGACAUAAGAAAAUUCACACUGUGGAAAAGCCCUAUAAAUGCUAUGAGUGUGGCAAAGCCUUCAACUGGAGCUCCCAUCUUCAAAUCCACAUGAGAGUCCAUACUGGCGAGAAGCCAUAUGUCUGCAGUGAGUGUGGGAGGGGCUUCAGUAAUAGUUCUAAUCUUUGUAUGCACCAGAGAGUUCACACUGGGGAAAAGCCCUUCAAAUGUGAAGAGUGUGGGAAAGCCUUCAGGCACACCUCCAGCCUCUGCAUGCAUCAAAGAGUCCACACUGGAGAGAAGCCCUAUAAAUGUUAUGAGUGUGGGAAGGCCUUCAGUCAGAGCUCCAGCCUCUGCAUCCACCAGAGAGUGCACACAGGGGAGAAACCUUUUAAGUGUGAUGAGUGUGGCAAGGCCUUCAGCCAGAGUACAAGCCUUUGCAUCCACCAGAGAGUACACACCAAGGAGAGAAACCAUCUCAAGAUAUCAGUUAUAUAAAGAUGUUUUGCUAAGAAUUAAAAUUUUUAAACCCAUAAGUGCCACUAGGAAGGAAACCCAAAUCCACCUACACUGACCCUGAGAACAUCUACAGUAGUCCCCAGAAAAACAUUCUUUCUGAGGAGGUUUUGGUGAGUUUGUGAUUUUCUGAACUUGGAAUUCUUUGUAUGUGCCCAAGAUGGAGGAUUGUGUCCCUGUCACAGGUAUGGUGUUUCUUGGGACUCUGGCAACAUGCCUCGGCAGUUGAAAUAAUGCUCAAAACUCAUGAGUCUUGCUCAGUCUCUGAGUCACCUUUUAUCUGUGCUGUGCUUCUAGGCAACAUCAGACACCCCCUUUUGGAGCACAUGCUUCUUUCUCUAUUUAAGCCUACCUACCGGUCAGUGCAUUUAAAAAUGGACAGCUGCCUUGAAGGCUGCAUCCUGGUAUUUCUGAGGUUGCCACUUGAGUCAACCCUGACAUAGCUUUUCAUAUAUCUGAUUAUUUCUGAAUCCAUCUUACCUCAUGUCCUCAGAGUACCUUUAAACACCUACCCCUUCCUAGAUGGCAUUAAAUUUCAUUUCAGAUUUUAGGAGAGUCAUAAAAUGCACUCACUCAGCCGAUCAGGAAAUCACUGGCAGAUGUACAUGCUCUGGAACUUUUCUUUAGUUUGUGAACUCUGCUAAUCACUGUGUCUCUAAGUUAAACUUAUUUUCUAGUGGCUGCAUCACAUGCUUUAACUUGAAAUUUUCUUUAAGUAGCUGAAUGUAUAUAUCAGGGAGGAAGAAGCAAGCAAACUGAGCUUGUCUGCUUCAAGAGUUACCCUCUUGGGCUCCUUUUAGAAGUGGUGGGAUUCCCUACCAGCUGGGGAGGCCUUGGGAGGGCUAAUUGGGGAGUCACUGAGGAUGAAUCUAUCAUCUCAGGCAAUAAUGUGUAGGUGUCAUCAUGGAUCACAUACAGUUCUUUUUAGGCAUGAGUGUGUGUUGCUAAUCCAUCAUCCUCAUUCAUUCACUGAGUAUUUAUUGAAUGCCUCCUGGGUGUUGGACAUGUACUGGGUGCUGGGAAUGCCACUGGAUCAUGAGAUUCACCUCUGGAGGAGGGAGACGGGAUAAGCAAGUUAACACAUAAAUAAUGUAGUUUGCAGUAGUGAUUAAAUGCUAUGAGAAAUAAACUAGGUGGUAUGUAGAGGGGGGUGGGGGGCCAGGUAGCAAGGGUCAGGUACUCUGCGCUGAAGGUGCUGGGGCUAGAUGAAGGGAGCAGUGACAGUACACAGCACAGGUGCUGCUGGCUCUGGAGAUGCAGGUGCUGGAGGUAGUUUGCGGGGAGGGGAGACGCUGAGCCAUGAGCUUAGUGGCUAGCAUUAAUGGGCCUGUAGUGUUUGUUUUGUUUCUACUGACUGAUGCUAAAACUCUCGGAGGAACUCAAGGGAUGUUGAAAAGACCAAAAGUCCCCAGUGACACCAACACAAAGCUCCCAUUUCCGUUUCCUUCUCAUUCCUGUUCUCAGUCUCCCACAUGCGGUCAUUUGCUCAGGAAGUCUUUGGAGAAACUAAUGACCUGUAAGUCUGAAGUGGGUGACUGGCUUGGUGGCUUCUGCCAGCCAUUUAAUGCUGAAGAGAGAACUUCCCAUAUGGUCAGAAAUACAAGACUGCUUAGUUUUUCUCUGCAGGUUUGUUUGGU